UGAACACAAAUCUUGAUGAAAUCAGAGGAAGAAUUAUGGGAGUAAAACCGCUACCUAGCCUUAGAGAGGCAUUCUCUGAAGUCCGUCGCGAAGAAAGUCGGAAAAAACUCAUGAUGGGAUCCCAUCAACAACUGAAUAUGGUAGAAAGCUCGGCUCUUAAGACUCAAUUGGCUCCUAUUGACAACCGUCAGAAAAAUAAAGGAGGUAGGCCUUGGUGUGAUCAUUGCAGAAAGCCGGGUCACUCGAGAGAAACUUGCUGGAAGAUUCAUGGAAAGCCAGCAGAUUGGAAGCCACGUCAGCCUCUUGAGAAAGAAGGACGAGGUAAUCAUGUAGGUACAAAUGAACUAUCACCACAACCUGAAGCAAGCCCUUUCACCAAGGAGCAAAUGGAGAUGCUCCAGAAACUACUACAGUCACAAUCUGGUUCGUCUUCCAACCACAUCAUUGGAUCCGGAACCUUGGCUCACAAAGGAUUUGGAUUUGGGGAAGACGAUUGGCAAUGCUGAGGAAUGCUCUGGACUCUACAUCCUUAAGGAACGCCACUAUCCACAGGAACAACCUCAAACGGCAAUUCGUGGUAGUUCUUUUUUGGUUUCGUGU